GUCUCCCUGUCUCAUCCCUCAAGGGUCGAUCCUUAUUCCAUCGUGUUGGUUGCAGCAACGCAUGCAUGGCCAUGCUUGUAAUCAUCAUCUUCUUCUCCUUCUUCAUCUGUCCCCCGCAAUUAUCAUUGCUUGCUUCAGCCCACCCACUGGACCCUCUUUCUCCGGCGGAGCUCUGGCGAGUCCGGGCCAUAGUAAAAGAAUCAGUUCCCAGCCACGGCAAAAAUCUAACCUUCCAAUACGUAGGUCUGCAAGAACCAGACAAACCAGUUAUUCUCUCAUGGCUCUCCGGCCACACAACCAAAAGCCCACCUCGCCAAGCCUUUGUUGUAGCCCGUUUGAAUCGUAAAACCCACGAAAUCAUCGUCGACUUAUCGACAAAUUCGAUCGUUUCCGACCAAAUCUACCGUGGACAUGGCUUCCCCAUUCUCACCUUCGAAGAACAAGACGCUGCCAGCGACCUGGCACUGGCAUAUCCUCCAUUUUUGGACUCCAUUAACGAGAGGGGGCUUAAAGUCAAGGAAGUUGUGUGUGAGAGCUUUACUAUUGGGUGGUACGGAGAGAAGAAGAGUAAAAGGGUGGUGAGAGUGAUGUGUUACUACUUGGAUGGGACGGUGAAUUUGUACAUGAGACCAAUAGAGGGAAUCACCGUCACCGUUGAUCUUGAUGCCAUGAAGAUCGUUGGUUUUCGUGACAGGAUGAAGAUUCCGGUACCCGAUGCCGAGGGGACGGACUACAGAGCAUCGGAGCAGAAGCCGCCGCUGGCUCCAAGCUUGAAAAAUAUCAGAGUGAUCCAGCCAGAUGGUCCCAGUUUCUCCUUGGAUGGAAAUUCAAUCAGGUGGGCAAAUUGGAAAUUUCAUCUGGGAUUCGACAUGAGAGCGGGUCCAAUAAUAUCCUUGGCGUCAAUCUACGACGUCGACAAAGAUGAAGACCGGCGAGUGCUAUACAGAGGCUAUGUUUCGGAGCUGUUUGUGCCGUACAUGGAUCUCACCGAAGAGUGGUACUAUAGAACCUUCUUUGAUGCUGGAGAGUUUGGAUUCGGGCUAUGCGCCGUGCCGCUUGAGCCGACGAAGGAUUGCCCGGAGAACGCAGUGUUCAUGGAUGGCUACUUCGCUGCACAGAACGGCAGUCCAGGCAAGAUUCCGAAUGUUUUUUGCAUAUUUGAGCGAUACGCCGGCGAUGUCCUCUGGCGCCACACCGAGGAAAUGGUUCCCGGCCAAGUGAUCAGAGAAGUGAGACCUGAAGUGAGCUUGGUUGUGAGGAUGGUUUCAACCGUCGGCAACUAUGACUACAUUGUCGACUGGGAAUUCAGGCAAAGUGGCACCAUUAAAGCCACGGUUGGUCUAACUGGAUUGCUCGAAAUUAGGGGAUCAUCCUAUACCCACAGUAGCCAAAUACAGGAGGAAGUCUACGGUACGUUGCUAGCACCGAAUACAAUUGGCUCCUACCACGACCACUUCCUCAUCUAUCACCUUGAUCUCGACGUGGACGGUGAUGCCAACUCCUUCAUCAAGUCCACCUUGCAGACCACGAGGGUGCGUGGCGCCGGAUCACCCAGGAAGAGUUAUUGGACUGUCCAAAGCGAGACGGCUAAGACCGAGUCAGAUGCAAAGGUUCGGCUCGGUUCUAAGCCGGCAGAGCUGUUGGUGGUCAACCCCAACAAGAAGACUAAGAUGGGCAACCCUGUUGGCUACCGUCUGAUCCCGGGAUUAUCGGCGACGUCCAUUUUAUCCGACGAUGAUUAUGCGCAGAUACGAGGAGCGUUCAGUAAGUACCAUGUGUGGGUCACACCGUGGAACAAGUCCGAGAAAUGGGCUAGUGGUCUGUACGUUGAUCAAAGCCGAGGGGACGACACCUUGGCGGCUUGGACUCGCAGGGACAAGGGAAUAGAGAAUCGGGACAUUGUGCUAUGGUACACAUUAGGAUUUCAUCAUGUGCCAUACCAAGAAGAUUUUCCGAUCAUGCCGACGAUUACAGGCAGUUUUGAGCUCCGGCCGACCAAUUUCUUCGAGCGAAAUCCCGUGCUCAAAGCAAUGCCUUCUGUAGCUGUUAAUAGCUCUAAUUGCAGGGUGGUCCCGCAUUGAAAUUAAAAUCUCAAAAUUAAGCAAGAAGCAUGGUAAAGGCCGAAAAGGGCCCCAACCUGCUACUUUUAUGAGUGUUUCAUUUAAUGUAAUAUAAGAAUAAGAAUAUAAGAAUAAAAAUUGCUAGCAAUUAAUGGGGUAA